AGAGAUAGAGCUUCCUCAAUGAAGAAACAAGGGUGUGAGAUUGAAGCAAUAGGCAUUAGCUACAAGAUUCAAACACAAUGUAGACAGAAUCCUUUUAAGAUCUUUAGCAAAGAGCCACAUGAACAGAAUCAUCAAGGCAUUUAUCAAGAACCAGAAGAGCAAGACAAGGUUGAAGAGCCAUGCCCCAGAGCCUGCCAAGUUCUGAAGGGCGUGAACUGCAGGGCAAAACCAUGGGAGAUUAUGGCCAUUGCAGGCCCAAGUGGAGCAGGAAAGUCAUCCCUACUAGAAAUCUUGGCAGGGAAAGUCACACCACAAAGUGGUUCCAUUUUUCUGAACCAAAAGCCCAUAGACAAAGCUCAGUUCAAGAAAAUAUCAGGGUAUGUCACUCAAAAGGACACCCUCUUUCCUCUACUUACAGUGGAAGAAACCUUAAUGUUUAGCGCAAAGCUACGGUUGAGGCUUCCAGCAGCUGAGCUGAGCUCCAGGGUGAAGUCAUUGAUUCAGGAGCUAGGCUUGAAUCGUGUGGCCGGAGCUCGUGUUGGAGACGACCGGGUUCGGGUAUCCGGUGGAGAAAGGCGUCGGGUUUCAAUUGGUAUAGAAGUGGUACAUGACCCCAAAGUGCUGAUUCUCGACGAACCAACUUCAGGGCUGGAUAGUACAUCAGCGGUUCAAAUCAUUGACAUGCUUAAGAUCAUGGCUGAAACACGGGGUAGAACCAUAAUUCUCAGUAUCCACCAACCUGGUUUCCACAUUAUAAAGUUGUUCAAUUCAAUUUUGUUAUUAGCAAAUGGCUGUGUCUUGCACCAUGGCACGCUGGAUCAGCUUGGCUUGAACUUAAGACUGAUGGGAUUAGAGCUUCCACUUCAUGUCAAUGUCGUUGAAUUCGCCAUUGAAUCCAUCAAAACCAUUCAACAGCAGCAAAAAUCUCUCCAUUUUCGCCAAAACAUGCUACCACAGCGGACAUCAACUAUGGAACAAAAGAAAGGAGAUGAUGAAGGCGAGAGUAGAAGUGGUAAGUUCACACUGCAACAGCUCUUUCAACAAUCCAAGUUUAUUGAUUAUGAAGAUAUCACCAAUGAAGAAAUCGAUUUCCCACCCGACUUUGCAAAUUCUAGACUGGGAGAAACCAUAAUUCUCACUCAUAGGUUCUCCAAGAACAUCUUUCGGUCAAAGGAGCUCUUUACUUGCCGGACGAUUCAAAUGCUGGUCUCUGGACUUGUCCUUGGCUCGAUCUUUUAUAAUCUCAAAGAUGAUCUAGUUGGAGCCCAAGAAAGGGUUGGUCUAUUUGCAUUCAUUUUGACAUUUUUGUUAUCAUGCACUACAGAAGCUCUCCCAAUCUUUCUGCAAGAGAGGGAGAUUCUUAUGAGGGAGAUAUCUUCUGGAAGCUACAGAAUCUCAUCCUAUGCCAUAGCCAACGGAUUAGUUUACGUCCCAUUUCUGCUCAUCCUAUCCAUUAUGUUCACAAUACCCUUGUACUGGCUGGUUGGACUCAAUCAGAGUUUCAUGGCCUUUUUGCACUUCUUCUUGUUAAUUUGGCUAAUUCUGUACACAGCGAAUUCUGUUGUCGUGUGUUUCAGUGCUCUGGUGCCUAAUUUCAUCGUCGGGAAUUCUGUGAUUGCCGGUGUCAUGGGGUCCUUCUUUCUAUUCUCUGGUUACUUCAUAUCAAAGCAUGGGAUUCCAAGCUAUUGGAUUUUCAUGCAUUACAUAUCGUUGUUCAAGUAUCCUUUUGAAGGGUUUUUAAUAAAUGAGUUCUCCUCUAACUCAGGGAAGUGCUUGGAGUACAUGUUUGGGACAUGUGUGGUUAGGGGAGAAGAUGUGCUAAGGGAAGAAGGCCUUGGGGAGGAAAGUAGGUGGAGAAAUGUGAUGGUUAUGGUGUGCUUUAUAUUGGUUUACAGGCUUAUUUCUUAUGUAAUCCUUAGAUGCAGAUGCUCCCAGAGAGGGCUCAAGGAUGCCCUUCUCUCAAGAAUAUGGUGAAAGAUUCUCUCUCUCUCUCUCUCUCUCUCCUUGACAAGAUGGUCACAUGUCUGGGAAAUUACUUUAGGUAGCACCCCUAAGAUGAAAAGUCAGAUAAUAAAGAAAAGAUGUGUUAUUUCUGCCACCAGACUGUACCAACAAUUAUAUGUUGUUUAUGCUACAUAUAUAUAUAUAUAUAUAUAUAUAUCAUUAUAUGUGACGCGCGAGCGCACACAUUCACCGAAUCACCAGGUUCAUU